AUGAAGGUUCCUGAGUGGGCAUAUGGGGUUCCUCCUGUUACUAUUGUUGGGCAAAACUAUUGCACCCCUCACCCCCUGGAGUUAAUUGUCAAGAAGAAGAUUAAAAAACUAUCCAGUGCACAAUUUGAAGUGUUUGAUCUCACUGGAAACCUUCUCCUCCAGGUAGAUGGCGGUGUCUGGAACUUCCAGUUGAAAAGAGUUUUGCGUGAUCCUGCUGGUUUUCCUAUCCUCACUUUGCGCGGAAAGGUACUUACAUUAUGGCAUAAAUGGGAAGCUCAUGCGAGUGAAAGGACCGAUGGUAACAACAAUGCCCUUUUCACCGUAAAACAAUCUCAUCCCCUUCAGAUUAAAAAAGAGAUCAAUAUCUUCCUGGCAAACAACUUCAAGAAAAAAGAACCUGAUUUCCAUAUAACUGGAGCUUACACCUCUUUGUCAUUCAAAGUUUACGAAGGCCGUAGACUCAUUGCAGAGGUCAAACAUAACUUCACGCUUGAAAGUUUCUGCAAGGGAAAGGAAAAAUACAGGGUUAAAGUUUAUCCAGAGGUUGACUAUGCAUUCAUUGUGGCGUUGCUCGUAAUUCUUGAUGAGAAUGACACCCCUUAA